AUGACGACAAGCGGCACUAGCGGUGGUGGGAAGCUUCCUCGACAAACGCAACCCACUCUAGCGGUGGUGGGAAGCUUCGACCUCUCACAAAGCUUACUCUACUUCCUCACGACAAGGGCAAUGACGCGCACAACAACCCACUCAGCGAUUGGGGUGCACUUUGGUGGGUCCCUCUCUUCGGACAUCAUGAUUGGCAUGGAGCCGAGGGACAAGGUAACUGAGUAUGUGAAAGAGAGGAUUUUAGCUCUAAGAGCGGCAAACCCAGGGCAGUAUGACAACAUAUCUGUUGUCCGCACGAACUCUAUGAAAUAUAUUCCAAAUUACUUCAGGAAGGCUCAGCUCACCAAGAUGUUCUUCCUGUUCCCUGAUCCUCACUUCAAGGAGAAGAACCACCGAAGGAGGGUUAUCAGCAUGCAGUUGUUAGAUGAGUAUGCUUAUGUGAUGAAAGUGGGCGGAAUCAUAUAUACCAUCACUGAUGUCGAGGAACUUGGAGAGUGGAUGCGAUCGUGUCUAGAGAAACACCCAUUAUUUGAAACUGUCAUUGAAGAAGAGAUUAAAGCUGACCCAGUUUUCAAAUUGCUGUCUACUGCCACUGAAGAAAGCCAGAAGGUCGCCAGAAAUGGAGGACAAACUUUCCAUGCCAUCUUCAGGCGGAUCUCCUUACAAGAAGAAUAA